AUGUCAGCCCUUCCCACCCCAACUUCAAACCAGGCCUAUUGCGACGUCUCCGCACUCGAGGCCGGAUUUAUGCACGCUCCGAUGAGCGUGUUCAUUGACAUCGCGAAAGAAGACGAAAUAGCUGUACUCCCGUCGCUCUCCUUUCUGCUCCGACACUCCACGAACGGCGACACCUUUAUCUUCGAUCUCGGCAUCCGCAAGGACCUCGAGAACGCGCCCACCCUCACCCUCGCGCGCAUCCGGGAGCUAGGCUUCCGCCUCGAGAUCCCGCAGGACGCAGCCGACUCCCUCGCCAAGGGCGGGCUUGCGCCCCCCGACAUCAAGCACGUCUGCCUCUCGCACAUCCACUUCGACCACGUCGGCAACUCGCGCCCCUACACAAACGCGACGUUCCUCGCUGGGGCGGCCGCCCAGCCCCUCAUCGCGGCCGGGUGGCCGGCCAAUCCCGAAUCUGGCUACUCGCAGGACGUGGUCCCCGACGGCCGCACGCGCUUCCUCGACCCCGCGGACUGGCCACCGCUCGGGCCCUUCCCGCACGCGCUCGACUUCUACGGGGACGGGAGCCUGUACAUCAUCGACGCGCCCGGGCACAUGCUUGGCCACGUCAACGUGCUCGCGCGCACGUCCGCAGACGGAGGGUGGGUGUACCUCGCGGGGGAUAGCGCGCAUGACCACCGGCUGUUGACAGGCCAGGCAGGGAUCGCAGUUCAUCCGAACCUGGGGUGCGCGCACGACGAUAAGGGAGGGAACGAUUGCGAGGAUCCGCGCGCUCAUGGAGACGCACCCGCGCGUGCGGGUGAUCCUUGCGCAUGA